AGAACUCCAACCAUACAUGAAGACUCGAAGUUCUCAAAUAUGGUUUAUCUUUCUCCUUAUCACUUUGAUCACCUUCCACAAAUCUCAUGCCAAACAAGCACAACCCAUCUCAGAAAUGGUCAGUGUUGAUCAAUCCUUCAACACAAGUCAUGAUCAAUGGAGAACUGACCAACCACAACCCCAAGAUACACAGUUUAAAUUCAGUGCUCUUAUUGUGAUAGCAGGAAUUUUAUGCAUUGCGGCUGCCGCCAUAUCUAGUGCAGGUGGAAUCGGUGGUGGCGGGUUGUUCAUACCAAUUCUGACUCUAGUUGCUGGUUUUGAUCUCAAAACUGCCUCAAGUUUCUCAGCUUUUAUGGUCACAGGAGGGUCAAUUGCCAAUGUUGUGUGCAAUAUGUUCAGCACAAGCCCAAAAUUUGGAGGAAAGACACUAAUCGACUAUGAUAUAGCACUGUUAUCAGAGCCAUGUAUGUUAUUAGGAGUGAGUGUUGGAGUGAUUUUCCACCUUGUAUUCCCAGAGUGGCUCAUCACUAUUUUCUUUGCAAUUUUCCUUGCCUGGUCUUCUAUUAAGACAUGUAAAACAGGGGUGUUAUAUUGGAAAUUGGAAUCAGAAUUGGAAGGAAGAGUUGGGUGUGGGAGGUUGGAAAAUGGGUUGGAGAGAGAUGGAAUUUUUGAUGGAAGUGAAGGAGUUACAGAACCUCUUCUGAGUGGGAAAGAAAUGUGCAAAUUGCGGGCUUUUCCAUGGAUGAAGUUGGGGAUGUUAGUUGUGAUUUGGUUUUCUUUCCUUGGUCUUUAUCUUCUUCGUGGAAAUCGAUACGGACAGAGUAUAAUGCUUAUAGAGCCUUGUGGGUUGGGGUAUUGGAUUCUCUCAGCAAUUCAAAUUCCUCUUGCCAUAAUCUUCACCAUAUGGACCCUGUGCACAAGAGAAGGCCUUCAUUGUCAACCUCCAAACCAUCAGGAAAUGGAAGCCAGUAGUCCAUCACACAAGUUAAUUUUCCCAGUAAUGGCACUACUAGCAGGGAUUUUGGGCGGAGUUUUCGGAAUAGGUGGUGGAAUGCUUAUCAGCCCUUUUCUCCUCGACGUCGGAAUAGGACCUGAAGUGACAGCAGCAACAUGUUCAUUCAUGGUGUUCUUCUCCUCUACCAUGUCAGCAAUUCAGUACUUGUUUUUGGGCAUGGAGCAUAUAUACAGUGCCCUAAUCUUCUCUGUCAUUUGCUUGGUCGCCUCGCUUAUCGGAUUGGUGGUGGUGCGAAAAGCCAUAGAAAAACAUGGAAGGGACUCUCUCAUUGUGUUCUCGAUUGGUACAGUGAUGGUUUUGAGUACUGUUUUGAUGACAAGCUUUGGAGCUCUUGAUGUUUGGAGGGAUUACACAAGUGGGAAAUACAUGGGGUUCGGCCAACCCUGUUGAAAUAAAUUUUGUGAGAUGGGUCAUGUUGGGAAUUGUAAAAUAUAUUGCGGAAGCGUAUGAUGAAAAACAUAUUUUAUUCGCUUUAAUCCAAAAAAUCGUUUGAG